AUGGGCAAUAAAAAAGAUGAAUUGAAGGCAGUUUCUGCCGAGCCACUUGAUUCAAUUGAAGAUAACAAAAGUACCGACGCUUCUUCAUUGAAACCAAAGGCUACAGGAUCUGGAGAUAAUCUGAAAGAUACGAAAGCCGAGUCAAAGACUUCUUUAAGCUCAGAUAAGAAAACUGAUGAGGCUACUAAGAGUGAAGAUGACACAGAGGAGAUUCCACUAAGUGACGAUGCAAACAAUGAUUCUAAAUCAUUAUCCAAAAAGGAGAGUGGAUCAUCGACAUCAGCAGGUGUUUCGAGUGGUGGUGACAAGGAUACCAGUAAGGAUACCAGUAAGGAUACCAGUAAAAACACUAGUAAGGAUAAGACCACUACUACGAUUGAGUCCGCCAAAUCAGGAUCUUUUUCUUCUCCACCACCAACACCACCAUCUCGUCCUAAAGAUCCUACACAACAGGUAAUCAAAGAUUUGCAAGAUGCGUUCCCUUCCAUCGAAGAAAAAAUAAUUACUGCAGUAUUGAUUGCGUCACAAGGUAACCCAGAACCAGCAUUUAGUGCGUUGUUAUACUUGUCUGAUCCAUCAUUUGAGCCUGAAAUACCAGUGUAUAAUACCAGUGGCAUUGCUUCGGCUUCUGCAGGAACAACCACUGGUGCAACUGCAGGAACUACUACAAGAGGCUCUGGUACAACAAUUGGAAGAGAAGGAAACAACGUUGGUGGUUUUACCGACGAUGAAAUCUUGGCUAGGAAAUUGCAGAGAGAAUUUGAGUUGGAAGAUGAAAGAAGGAGGAGACGUCGUGAAGAGCGACGUGCUGCAGGUGGAGUAGCUGGAACAGCGCAAUACUCACAGCAACGAGCAAGGCAAACACCAGCUGGUGGAAGAAGAUCAGGGGAGCGUGUGGGUGGUGAUAGGUAUGAAUCCUAUGAUGACGAAGAGAGCUCACAGGACGAGUUUGAGCAAAUUAAAGAAACAUUUACCCAGGGAUUUGAAGAGGCAAAGACUACAAUUAAUAGUUGGGUUGCAGGUUUGACCAAGAAAUUUGACUCUGGUGGUAAUGGAAAUAGAGACCGUGACAAUUUUUCAAUCGAAGAAUCCAAGAACCGCCGUCGUGGUAAUAACAGUGAAAGAGACGAGUUUAGCAACUUGAAUGAUCGCGGCGAGUCUCGUUAUUAUGAUGACUACUAUCGAAGAAAUAGGAAAUCUACAAGGUUUGACGAGGACCCCGAGAUUAUUUCAGGUGAUUUCCAUGAUAAGAUCAAAUUGUCGAAUCGUGACUUGGAUGAUGGGACAAAAAAUAGUCGCGAUAAAUUUGGUGGAAAAGAAGGUCAAGGAGCACCAGAAGCACAAGAUCAAGAUAGAAAAGGAAGAGAUGGUGAAGGAGAGAGAACACCUACUUUGCCCACAAGACCUAGGUCCCUGGGCGAGUUUCAAUCAGAUACGCCCACUAUGAGCACAGUUAAUAAAUCCAAUAACGAGCAACUGCAUAGCAAUAAGAAGAAACCAUGGCAGCCAGACGAACCAACUGUUCCAGCUGAUCAAAAUGCUUUUUUGGUGACUGAUAGCGAAGACGAGGAAGACGACACCGAGGUUGCGUUACUGGUUUCAACAGCAGCAGCUACAACGGGGACGAGUGACAAGAAAUGA